AUGUUCGCCGCCCGUUCCGUCCCUCGCGCCCUCAAUGGCGCCCGCGCCUUCUCCACCUCGCCCGCCCACUCGCUGGCCCGUAUGCAACUCAUUGGCCGUCUCGCCGACCAGCCCGAGCUCACUCCCACAUCUACCGGCCGCGAAAUGGUGCGGUACGCUCUUGGUGUCAAAGGUGGUCCCAAGAACGAGAACGGCGAGAGACAGACCAGCUGUACCCUCAUGUACCUCGAAGCCGAUGCUCGUAUGGACUCCUUCCAAGCCCAGGAUGGCUCUAAUCAGACCCGUCUCAAUCUCGUUCAGCGUAAGACAAGUCUCGGUCCCCGUCCCCAGAACCGCUCCGACUCUGAUAGAAGUGCCGCCGAAGAGCCCAGCAGUGGCCUUGGUGCAUCCUAG